AUGGGUUUCAUCGACAGCGCCCACCCCGACCAUGUGUGCCUGCUCUCGCGCUCAUUAUACGGGCUCAAGCAGGCCCCACGCGCCUGGUACCAGCGCAUCGCAGCGUUUCUUCACCAACUCGGCUUCCGCUCCACCCGCUCUGAUGCCUCGCUGUUUGUGUACAACAAUGGUGCCACCACCGCGUACCUGCUGCUCUACGUCGAUGACAUAAUCUUGACGGCCAGCUCCACGGACCUCCUGCGACAAAUCACCGAGCGUUUUCGCGCUGAGUUUGCCCUCAAGGACUUGGGGCCCCUGCACUACUUCCUCGGCAUCGAGGUCGUACGUCGCACCGAUGGCUUCUUACUUCAUCAGCGCAAGUACGCCCACGAGCUCCUGCACCGCGCUGUACCUCACCUUGACCCACCCCGAGCUGCAGUAUGCUGUCCAGCAGGUGUGCCUUCACAUGCAUGCUCCGCGGGAUCCUCAUUGGGCUGCGGUCAAGCGGAUCCUCCGCUACAUCGUGGCACCAUGGACUUCGGCCUCUCCCACCACGCCUCCACCGCCACGGACAUCGUCGCGUACUCGGACGCCGAUUGGGCAGGCUGCCCCGACACGCGUCGCUCCACGUCUGGCUACUGCGUCUACUUCGGACCUUCGCUCAUCUCCUGGUCGUCUAAGCGACAACCCACGGUCUCUCGCUCCAGCGCCGAAGCGGAGUACCGGGCUGUUGCUAACGCGGUUGCCGAGGUCUCUUGGCUGCGGCAACUCCUCGUUGAGCUCUCAUGUCCUGUUGCCAAAGCCACCGUGGUCUAUUGUGACAAUGUCUCCGCCGUCUACCUCUCCGCCAACCCGGUGCUGUAUACUCACUACUCAGGACAUCUCCAGCGAACCGCAUUUCGGAGGGUCAAAAUGUCCGCGUGCAUGCGUUUGCAUCGGCUCGCGGACGUGAAAAUGAAAAUGGUUAUGCGUCCGUUCGCGUCGGGGCGGCUCCAGCGGGCCGACGCAUUUUCAGCGCGGGCUAGUUUAGGUUCAGAAAAUUCAGAAAAGAGGUUGUAG